UUGCAUGCAAACCCGCAACAGCAGUUGACCUAAUAGUCUCAACAGGUGCUGCAGUCACCAGACCUCUGGCUGGGAAGACUACUCGCAAUGCGAUAAGGUUGCUGAAUGUUUUCGCUGUACGCAGACGAAAAGCCAUACUACGAUUAUGA